AUGAAUUUGUGGUUGAAGGAUGAAUUGUACAUAAAUUCACUAUACGUUAGUUUGAAAACCUAUCCACCGAAAUUCCAGGAAAUCGCGGGCAUAACAUCAUCACCAACACUUCGUCUUCUAUUGAUAAUGGCCUUUCCACUAUGGUUUGCAGCAAUGUUUGUAACAGUUUCUGCAAUAUACAAAGAUCAGAUUGGCAAAUUUGACUGGCAUCGUGAGUAUGUGGGUUGUGCGCAAGAGCUGCAUAUGGAACGAUUGAAGAGUACAAAAUUACCACAUAUCUUCGUUUCAACGGAAAUUGAUAUAAUCGCAUCAUUGAAAGCAUCUACUGGACAGAUAGUAAUAAUAACAAUAACAAAAGAUAGCGAAGUAGUGCGAGCAUGGAAUCGAGAUAGUGGAAUUUUGGUUUGGGAAACACAGAUUCAACAGAUUGACAGGUAA